AUGGUCGGCCGUCCCACGCGCAAGCGCGCCCUCUCGCAGGCGGCGCUCGAGUCGCAGGCGUCCGAGGCGGCACUCAAGAAGCACAAGAACACCGGCCUGCUGAGCGACCUCAGCGACGACGAGGACGCCGGCGACUCUGACGACGACGGCUCCGAGCUGGAGGCGGAGGAGAAGGAGGCGGCAGCAAGCGGCGAUGAAGCUGAUGCUCAAGCAGAGGAGCCGAGCGCGGUCGUCAAGCACGUGCAGCAAGCCAAGGCGGCGGCAGCAGCGAAGACAUCCAAGGACAAGGCAGCGAACGGCCGUGCCGCAAAGAAGCCGUCGCCCGUCGAGCCGGAGCCGGAGGAGGAUAGCGACGACGCGCAGGCCGACGACAACGGCAGCGCCGACGAGGCGCCGGCGCCGCCUCCGAAGAAGGCCGCCGCACCCGCCAAGAGCGGCAAGCCUGCUUCGAAGCCCAAGUCCAAGUCUGCCUCGGUCGUAGCUGAGGACGAGGACGAUGACGAGCCGGUUGCCGUCGAGAAGCCCACUUCGGCCGCGCAGAAGAAGAAGCAAGCGCCCAAGGCCAAGCCGGCGUCGGCCAAGGCUGCGACGCCGCCUGCGAGUGCGUCCAAGAAGGCGGCCAAGCCCGCAGCCGGCAAGAGCAAUGGCAAGGCUUCCUCGCGCGCGGCGCCGGUGUCCGACGACGAGCACGAUGGUGCCGAGCAGGCCGACGACGCUGCCGCAGUGGUGGAAGAUGACGAGGAGGAAGCACCGGCUCCCCCGCCGCCGGCCAAGUCGGGCAAGGCAGCUGCGAAGAGCAAGCGUCCGGCCAGCGGCGCGUCGACUGCCGGCGGCAAGAAGCGCGCGGCGCCUGAGCCUGAGGCGAGCGACGUCGAGGAGCAGGCGCAGGAGCGCGGCGAGUCGCCGGCGGCACCUCCUAGCGCCAAGCACGGCAAGAGCACGAGCGACCGCAAGACGCGCGAGAUCUCGUCGCCGCCGGCCAAGGCCGCUCGCGGACCCACUCCUUAUCCGCGCAAGGACGCCGCCGUGGAGGAGGAAGAGGAGGGCGAGGAGGGCGAAGAGGAGGACGCGGCUCCGCCGCCGCCGGCCAAGAAGGCGAAGACGGCAGCCGGCGGCAAGAAGCGUCUCUCCCUCGAGGACACGCUGGAGGUCGACGACGACGAGCGCGCAGACGAGGCGCCGCAGCCGCCGUCGCCGAAGAAGAAGGGCAAGGUGCAGGGUGCCGCGCAGGCCGCUGCCAAGUCGACGUCCGCUGCCGCCGAUGCGAGCCCUGAUGGCGAAGGCUCCGGCUCAGGCUCGGCGCCGGCCAAGGAGAAGGGCGGCAAAGCCAAGGCGCACUGGAGCAUGGCCGAGGACCGCGUGCUGGCGGCCGAGGUGCAGAAGGCGCUCAAGGAGUACAAGCCCAACUUUGCCGAGCUGCUCGCCGCCGUCAACGAGAAGGCGCCCGCGGGCGAGGAGAAGACGCAGCGCCAGCUCUACGACCGCUGGUUCGGCCGCUUCCGCAAGGCCGGCCUCAAGACGUUCGAGGAGUAG